UGGCCUGUCUAUAUUUUUGGGGCAAAGGCUGGAAAUGGGCUGAUUCUCUUGGAAACUGAUGUUGAUGCUAUUGUUGCUCAACCUCCUCCGGUUAUCGAAUAUGGUCAUCAGAAUCAGACGUUGAUGGUCGGCUCAUCAGCCACGUUACCAUGCCAGGCAAGUGGUCGAACACCGCCGAGGAUCUCAUGGCUACUUGACGGAAAUCCGGUCGAUACCAGCAAGGAUAAUCGCUACAGUCAGCAUUCGAGUGGCAGUCUGCAUAUUGCGGAUCUC